CAGAGAUCCGAUCCCCCUUUAACUACGCCACUGCCUUAGUCAUUCAGCCAAGCGCCGUUAUCUUCGUGAAUUUGAAAACAACGCGGCGAAAGCUUUGGAGGUAGAGAAUCCAGAGCCCAAGUGCGUCUCGGACGCCUCGAGACAUUGUGCAAACUGACGUCCCACGGGACAGUCGCAAUAAGAUUAUAAUUAAUUGAGUAACGCGGCUAUAAAAAAAACGAAGUGAACAUAACUAAGGACUAACAAAGGAACAAAGGCUAAGCUAAGCGCACAACAACUUCAAAACAAAGCCAUGGCCGAGGGGACACAGCAGCAGCAGCAGCACAGGGGCGCGGCAGAACUGACCGAACUCAAUUUUGUGCGCGAAAAAUUGCAAAAAUUCCAAUCGAAAAUGCUGGAAGACUUUGAAAAGCGCCUGUCCUGCAUGGUCGAGGAUGUCCUGCAGGAUCUGCGACAACGAGAACUGCGCUCACACGAAUUUCGCAACUUCCAGAGCCCCAAUGGGGGAGUGAGCCAAAACAGCGCUUGGCAUAAUCGCAUGCCCAAUCCAAAAGUUCGAGCCACCGCAGACAGCGACGUUAGCGAUAGUCCAAAUGGUCAUGCAAAUGGUGCGACGCCGGCGCCACACCAAGGACAGAAGCGACCACAGCGACGUCAAUUGCCCGAAAAAGUAUUCGUGGCGCGGGAAUCGUACCUGACCGCACUGCUCCAGGUGGAUCACAUGCGUACCAUCUAUCACAUCUUCUACAUUAUUCUGGUCAUGUUUCUGCUGAAUGUGAUCUUCUACGACUACUUUGUGAAGGGGCGCAUCGAUCUGGGCCUGGGCACGUUUCAGGGCGGACUGAAACGCUUGCACUGGGUCUUGGGUGUGUGGCUCCUGGAGCAUGUCUUUGUCCUGGCACUCUACUACGCCUUCCAGGGAUGGGCUUUGGUCAGGCAUAAGCUAAAACAGCAUAGUGCCCUUCAACGAUUCUGGUCACACAGCUGCCUGAUUAUGUACAUCAGCUCCCAACUGGUAUUUUGCUUUGUCUCCACCUCGCUCUGCCUUAAGUUUCGCCUGCCCUUUGUCAGCGCCUGCAUCCUUCUGCUGGAGAGCACUCGCCUGCUCAUGAAGAUGCAUGCCUUCGUGCGAUACAAUGCACCUCGCGUGCUGGUGGGCAAGGAGAAGACAGAUGACGACAAGGAGGCCGCAUCGGCCGGACGACCAUUUGUGCCGCCUGUGCGCAGCUAUGUGUAUUAUCUGUUUGCACCCACGCUGAUCUAUCGGGACAGCUAUCCACGUACCUCGCACAUACGCUGGAAGUUUGCGCUUAACAGAUUGCUGGAGGUGGUGGCCGUGGCAUUUCUGUACGCCUUUAUACACGAGCGUCACAUACACGAGCACUUUGGAGAGUAUGGCAAGGAGGAGAUGGGCCCAUCGCAGUUGAUCCUGAAACUGUUUGGCAUGAUGCUGCCCAGUGCAGUGAUAUUCCUGUGUGGCUUCUACCUGAUCCUGCACUCGUGGCUAAAUUUCACGGCGGAGCUGCUGCGCUUCGGAGAUCGCAUGUUCUACAAGGAUUGGUGGACAUCGCACACGUACGACGCCUACUACCGCAACUGGAAUGUUGUGGUGCACGAUUGGCUGUACGAGUACGUGUACAAGGACAUGUAUAUGCACGUCUUCAAAGGCUCCAAGGUGGCCGCCUCGUUGUCGGUGUUUAUGAUUUCGGCUCUGGUGCACGAGCAGGUGCUGGGAUUCGCCUUGCAAAUGUUCUUUCCCGUCAUGUUUUUCUUAUUUGGCAUUGUGGGCGUCACCCUGGUGUAUCUGAUGCGAAGUGCGCCCAAAGUGCUGGGUAACAUGUUCCUUUGGUUCUCCCUCAUCCUGGGCAAUGGGGUAUUAAUCUCUCUCUACGCCAUGGAAUAUUAUGCAAAGAAGAAUUGCGAUCUCAGCAACAAGAGUUGGACCGAUCACAUCGUGCCGGCUGUCUGGCGUUGUUAUAACUAGCUUUAAAUGUACAAUACUCCUUCCUGCUUUUAAACUGUUUGUACACAUGGCGUACAUUUGAUUUGUAUUUUAGGUAAAGUAAAUAACUUAAUUGAAAUUAACAGGAACGUUUCAACACGUUAAACAAACAGUUUUGGAAGUUUGAACUUUUGAUCAGCUGCAAUGCUCCUUAAAACUAAUGGAUUACAUACUUAUUUUACAUCAGGAUGUCCUGAUAAACCUGUC